CAUUUGGCGGUUAGUACGACAGUGACGUAACCACUCAAGGACUCCUUCCAUUGCUGUACUUCAUACUUACCUACGCUUUAUUGAUGUUAGCUCAGACAGGUCUUCAACUAGUCAAAGAAUUAAAACGUUCACAGGAAAGUAAUCUACCCCCGUAUAAUGAGGAUAAAAUUCGGACAUGUCUGGAAGAAAUGAAAACACUCUAUGAUGCAAAUUAUCGUGAUGUGGCUUUUGUGUCAAGUUCAACAUCUGAAGCUGCGUCAUCAUCAUCGCUAUCUGGAACAGAAGAGCACAGUAAUAAAAUUCAAUCUGUUCUAGUCAGACAUGCUGUUCUUGAGAGGAAUAAACGUUGCCUUCUUGCAUACCAUCAUGCUAGAUUAAUGCAAAUAAAAGAAUUUCGUUGGGAACAUGGUAUUAUUUUGCCUAAAGAUAUUCGUGAUAGUUUAUCAGAGCCUGAACAAGCCUGGUAUAAACAAUAUUGUAGUUAUCUAGCCAAUUUUAUGCAAUCAGAUACAUCAGAACGUGGUGGUGGUGGACUCCUGGAUUUGACACAGUAUCGUACACCACCGAAAGACAUGUUUCUUGAAGUUCGUUGUAUACAAGAUUUUGGUGAAUUCGAGACAGAAGAUGGUAGUAUUCUACAGUUAACAAAAGGCAGUCAUCAUUUAAUGCAUAGAACAGAUUGUGAAGCGUUAAUUCGUCAAGGUGUACUAGAACAUAUAUCAGAAUAAAGGCGAGAAAUGCCUUUCUUAUAUACGUAUACCAUUUUUUGUUAUAACAUUCAUUGUUUGUAUAUACUUUUUUUAAUAUAUCUAUUUUGUAUUUUUA